AUGUCUCGAAAGCGCUCAUGGCUUGGGCUGAGUGUCCAGAGCCUUCUGUUUUCAGCUGCAGUACUGUCAACUGCAACCUCUGCCUCGGUUCAUCCACCUCUACAAGCUCCUAUCAUCCCGCCACAGGUACCGUUGGGAUCUGGAGGUACACCUGAGACGCAUGAGUUUUCUUUGCGACACAUCUUUCAUCGCGGUACCUAUGAUCAACCCGAUCUCCAUGUAAGACUCGAUGUCAAUGCCGACACUCGGCUUCGGGCUGUAUCGGAGGAUGGCGAUGAAACCGAAUACAUUGCGUCGGAGUCAUCUCUGCUUGCCUCUUCGAGCCCUCUUACAAUACAACGACUGGCCGAUCGACGACUCUCGGUGAUCGAGGAGCAUUUGGCCACUGCGCGGUCUUCUGGCUCUGUAGCCGCCUUGUCUGCAGAUGAGUGGGUCAUGGACACCCUGCAAGGGCCAGAUAUCACAGACAAGAAGACGGUCUUGACAUUCGCUCAGAUGACCGCAAAUGACUAUAUUCAGGAACCCGGGACGGGGCAGUGGCACUCUAUACACGGGCAAUUCAACUACUCGGGGAGCUUUGGUUGGCAAAAAGAUGGACUUAGAGGGCAUAUCUAUUCAGAUCAAACCAACAGCACUGUCGUUAUUUCGCUGAAGGGUACUUCGCCGGCCCUUUUUGAUGGCGCGGGUACAACCACCAACGACAAAGUCAACGACAAUCUAUUUUUCAGCUGCUGCUGCGGGCAAGGAGGCUCUUACCUGUGGAGACAAGCCUGUGAUUGUCAAACUGCUACAUUCACAGCAAAUUUGACUUGCAUUGUUGAGUCUAUGAACGAUGAAAACCGUUACUAUAAGGCUGCAAUUGAGCUCUACUCCAAUGUCACCGAGCUUUACCCGGAUUCGAAUAUUUGGAUGACAGGCCAUUCCUUGGGCGGAGCAAUGACCAGCUUGGUCGGGCUAACGUUUGGAUUGCCCGUAGUUACUUUUGAGGCUAUCCCAGAAGCUUUGCCGGCAGCCCGGCUUGGUCUCCCAAGUCCGCCUGGGUACGAUCCAAGACUCCCGCAAACACGACGACAUACCGGUGCCUAUCACUUUGGGCACACUGCAGAUCCGAUAUACAUGGGCACUUGUAACGGAAUCAACUCGAUCUGCACAUGGGGCGGUUACGCGAUGGAGUCGGUUUGCCAUAGCGGACAAAUAUGCACAUAUGAUACCGUUGCAGACAAGGGAUGGCGUGUUGGGCUGGGCACUCACAAGAUCGAAAAUGUGAUAUCUGAUGUUAUCCUUAAAUAUGACACUGUCCCGAAAUGUGUCGAAGACGAGGAAUGCUUUGAUUGCGAACUCUGGAAGUUCUUCCGAAGCAAUGGCUCGGAGAUCACUACCACUACCACAACCUCAACAACAACUUCCUAUACCAGGACCUCGACGUGUAAGACCCCUGGGUGGUGGGGAUGCUUAGACGAAAGCACUACUACCACUACUACCACCACCACGACUUCUCCGACAAAUACAGCUACAACCACAACGUGCAAAACCCCUGGUUGGUUCGGGUGUAAUGAUCCUGCAACUACCACAACCGCAACCCCGGCGCCUACCGUUACGACAACGUUACCCACAGUAACCGCAACAACUACUACUUGCAAAACUCCUGGGUGGUUCGGGUGCAAUGAUCCUACCACCACCCUGCCAACGACCACUACAUCCAUUUCGGUUCCCACAUAG